AUGAGUAAUAAUAAUAAUAAUCACAAUCCAUUUCUAUUACAUAAAAGAAUAUGCGAAAAUAAUAGAGAUGAAGUAGUAGAACUAUUAAAGAUUCCCUUUUAUCGAGAGAAUAUUGAUUUAAGAGAUGCUCAUGGUUAUCCUCCUUCACAUUAUGCUGCUCAUUUUGGUUAUGUCGAAUUAUUAGCAAUACUAAUUGAAAAUGGAGCAGACCCAACAAGAAAGAGUACAAUGGGAUGGUCACUUGUUCAAGAGGGAAUAGGUAGAAGAGACAGAGAAGUUAUUUCAUACCUAUUACAACAUACUAAAAAGAAGAUACACGAUGAAUUUAAAAAGAGAAAACCACAAUUGUUAAAAGCUCUCUCUGAAAUACCUGAUUUUGAAAUGGGUACGACAUAUAUAUAUUUAAAAAAGAUGUACAUUAAAAACAUUUAUAUUAACUUUCAUUUUAUUUCUUUAGAAAUUCAUUGGGAAUUUAAAAGUUGGGUACCAUUGGUUAGUAGAUUUUGUCCAUUUGAUACCUAUAAAAUAUAUAAAAAAGGAUCAUCUUUUCGUGUAAAUACAACGAUUGUAGGAGUAGAAGGUAUUACUUUUAAAAGAGGUCAAUUAUCUUUUAUGUUUAUUGGUGAUAAAAAGAGAUUGGUAACAGUUGAUUUUGGCAAAAAAGAAUACGCAGAAGUAUCAUUAUUAAAUGUAGAUGAAAACAAUGUAGAUGAUGAGGUGGAUUUAUUAAUGAAUAGUAAAAGUAUUACAAGAGUAAAAUUACUACAAGACGAUAUCAAAUUUGAAGCCGCCAAGUCUUGGUUUGGUUAUGAAAAGUUUGAAAAGAUUGGAGGCGAUCAAGAAUGGAAUUGUCAAUUGUUUAAUGUAUCAAAUGUAGAUUUGAAAAUAAUCUCUAGAAAGAAUUCAAAGGACAAGGGAGCAAACGAUAAAAACAACAAAAAACAUAAAGAGAUUGAGGAUGUAGGCGGAGGAGGAGUAGAAACUUCAACCACCAAUACUGGCAUCUCAGAGACUGGUCGUAGCGAUUUAAAUUCUCCAGAAAAAAACUCAGAGACAAUGAAAGAAUAUAUUGCUAGAAAUCACGACCUAGCAAUGAAACAAAAGGCUAGAGAAAGUACAAUGCGUAACAAAGUCAAUGCAAAAGAUUAUUUUGAAGUCCCAGACUCGUUUGACAUUAACGUACCAAUUACAGAUAAAUCUAAAUUCAAAUCAUUGGGUUUAUUAUGUGAUGGUGAAUCUGUAAAUGUUAAACAUAAAAAUUUUCAAGGAUGUGUUUGGAUUUCAAAUGAAUUCCCAAGAAAGAUUACAGAUUUAUUACCAAUUUUUGAAGUAUUGACACCAACCAACAAAUUAUUUAGUCGAUUGUCUGAAUUUAUUUCUCUAAAAUUCCCAAUGGAAGGGUUCCCAGUUAAAUUGGACUUUCCUGUUGUACCAACUAUUACAGCCACUGUAACAUUUAACAACUAUAUCGAAAAAGAAAUAGAUCCACAACAUUUUGAAAUUCCGGUUGAUUUUAUCAAAAAGAAAGAUUUAUUUUCAAACAAUAAUUAG